UUAUUUACAUUCAAAAGUGUCGCCUCUGAAAACUUAGCUGUCCGACUGGAACGAAUACGGUUUCACUGUCACUGGUUCUUAUAUUCCUAUGUUGCCGAACUUAACAGUUUGUGAGAUUCUCUCCCAUAUACCCGACAGUGAAUUAUUUUAAGAGACUAAUUUCUUUCAUUCUUUUUUCAAUUAUAUUAUUGCACUUUGAAAUAAUGAUAGUUUCUUUAAAUAUUCCAUCAAUAAAUAUGUAGCAAAAUUUGUUAUAUAAUGUGAUCAUACAUUAUACGCUAGAGGCCAUGGUGUUAAAGAAAUUUGAGCCAAACUUAUGGCAACACUGCAAAUUUCUUCUCCUUAUGAGUUGAAGAGAAAUGGAGAACGUGCUUAUGCUCUUUCUCUGUUCGUUAGAUUCAGAAGCAACACGUUGUCAGUAAACAAGUAGGUGAAAGUAGCUAAAUCUCAGGAUUUUUGUAAGAGUCAAGUAUUGAAUAUUAUUUAGUUUUUUCUUGGUUUAUCUCGCUUUGUAUGAAAUAUGGUUUAUAAGUGCGAAGUUUGUGGAAAAGACAAAAAUUCUUAUCCGAAUUUAUCGUUCCAUAGGUUCCCGGGUGACGAUGAAAAAAGGAGAAUUUGGGCUUCUCUUCUAGGAUGGUCGAGUAUCUGCCCAAAGAAAUUAAUUUUUAUUUGUUCGGAUCAUUUCGACUCAAAUGAUCUAGUGACCAGAGCACAUGGAAAAGUUUAUUUGAAAAGAGAUGCCAAUCCGUUACCUCAGCAUUCGUUAUUUGAAUCUUCUAACUUGAGUGACCACUCCUCUAGGACAGAAAGCAGCCCCAAUGAACAAGAGUCACAAGAGAAGGAAAUGCUGAUUUCAAGUUAUAAUGCUGAUGAGAACAAACCUGAUGAGAACAAAUCUGAUGAGAACAAACCUGAUGAGAAUAAACCUGAUCAGACAAAUUCCUCAUCUACACUUACAGCAUCAGAAUGUGAAAAUGAAGAAAGUAAAUUGGAAUUUAUUGAACCAACUACACACAACAUGCCGACCAGAAAGAGGUAAGAUUAGUUGAUUUUUAUUGGAAAAAGUAUUUUGAUUUAUGAACAAAAUAUCUUUUAAUUACUGAAUAGACUCAAAUUCACUUUAUUUAUUCCAGAAAGAGGA